GAAUAACGCGUCGGCACCCUUGUUCGAUUAUUAGAUUUAUUAUACACUUUAAGAAAUCAAAUCAGAGCCUAAACAUUGGCCUAGCUCUAUUGGGGGUAUCGAUCUUUUUCAGAACAAGAAGAGUCUUUGAUUCAAACUCAUGUAGCCGCAAGAGUAAGAACACAUAUAACGUUUAGUAUCCAUUCAACUUCCAGCCAGUGUUUUGGAGCAACCGGGAUAAAACAACGGAUGUUUUGAAACGAAGAAAGUGUUCAUUUAUUUCCGAGAUAUUCUAGAAACCACGGAAAAGUUGAGAUCAUGAGCGAUUAGCCCUUAGCUACUACAACUGACCAGACAAUAAAACUCAAAAUACUAUUCGAGGAAUUUAAACACUUUUGCAGAUUGUGUUAAUAUUGUUCUAAUGUUCUAAGAAUCAAGGAUACGUACUUAUUUCCAUGGAAACCCCGUGCAAAAGGUAAACUAAGCAACGUCAUACAAGUACAAUGGCCGCCGUUCAUUCGUCCGUACGUCCGCCGAAGAGUAAGAUGCCCUGGGGAACUAUUCUUAAGCCGGAGUUCGGGCUUGGGUACCAGAAAAUGAAUGAGUACGAGAUAGAACAGACGGUGAAUAGACUCUACACCAUACCGACCCCGAAAGAAAGGCCGGUAACCAGAGUUGGCAAAAAGAUGGAAUCGUUCGAAAUAGACGAAAUGCUUCAACGUUUGACAACAGUAAAGAAGGAGAAGAUUCCUGACCACGACAGACGUGUGACGUCAUCACCGUACCAACCAAUGGGAGUUGUCAGCUCAUACGCAUGGCAGGGAUACAACUGAUCAUAGUCAUUUUUUAAAGUUAAUCGAUUUUCGUCCCAUAAGUAAAACACAUGCUUUAUGGUCAUAGGUUUCAAUAAUACCAAAGUAGUGUACUUAUCAAGUCCAUGAAUAGUGCACUGAACAUAUAACCCGCUUUCAUGACAGGAAGAACGCGGACAAGAGAACAUAAAGAAACCAAUUAUUUAUUUUUAAAUAUAAAGAUAUUGUCUCAUCUAUGCUACAUACUUACUCAUCUCGUGUCGUGCUUAUGUGUUAUUAUUUUGCUUUCUGCCCGAUGUUUGUUGUGUAACUAAGAGUUUAUUUUAGGUGUUUGUGUGUUCUCGAAUAUGUUAAUAGUUUUUUAUGGUGUGAAAUAUUUGUCAACACCAUAUACAUGUAUAUGCCUUAUGAAAAUAAAACAAAAUUAUAAAAAUUA